AUGUGUUUAACUGAAAUUUCAUGUCGAUUUUAAAUGGCUUCAUAGUUCAUACUCUAGCCUUUUCAAAAAGGAUUGUAUGAAUGAUGAUAAAAACUAAACACCCCUUGAUGUUUUCUUGUCCUCGCCCAAAGUUGAGUUUUCAUAUCACAUCAUUUUCAAGUUUUCACCUAUUGUAUUACCCACUGGCUUAGCUCCCUAAUUUAAGAGCAAAUCAAAAACCCUCUUCUCUAAUUAACCCAAAAAAUUAAAUUAAAAUUCAUUUAAUUUUUUUUUUUUUUUUUUUUGUUAUAUCUCCAUUCAAUCAACUGACACCGCCACUAUCUAAUCAAAAUUGCUUUUCCCUGUUCCCACUACCCCUUUUCUUCUUCCUAUUGCUAUCACUAUUCACUAUUCCACUCCCGUGAACCAAACCCCUGGGUUACCAAAUCCUUGACCUCUUUCUCACGAGAUCAUUUUUAUCAACAUUUUAUACAAUAUACAACGUGAGUAAAUUUUAUCUCUAUCUUAUAAAAAUAAAAAUAAAUUAUUUCGACACAAGCUAAUUGAAAUAUCUUCCUCUAAUUGGACUGUAUUUUUACACCAUCUACAACCCUAUCAACAUCAUUCUUUAACAACAUAAUACAGCGUAGCAUACCUAGAUCUUACCUCAUAAUAUAGCGUACGUAGAUCUCAUCUCUAUUUCCUAAACUAGAGAUAACAUUUUCGACACACGUUAAUUGAAAUAUCUUCUUCAAAUUGGACAGCAUUUUCACAUUAUUUACAUCCCACCAUUUGUAUAAAAAGGUACUCACCAUGCACAUAAGAAAACCCCCCAAACCCAUAAUCUUUAGAAAAUCGAAAUUUCUUUUCAUUUCAAUGGCUUCCUUUUUCACCUUGACAAUCCUCUCUUUAAUUCUGUUCUUCUCAAUUUCCUCCGCCGCACGCCGUCAUACGUCGGAUUCAUCAACGGGAAAUUCAUUUUCCGUUAAGAUCCGUGAGGCUUGCAAGGCCUCGCGGGACCCACCAACAUGUGAAUCCGUAUUAACGGAUUCUGGUAACUUACCGUCGGAGUUAACGGCGCCGUUAAUUAUCCAAUCCGCCGUUAAUCUCUCUUCGGAGAAUAAUGCAAAGGCGAAGGUGAUGGUGCAGUCGAUCAUAGACGCGUCCGUAGGGAAUUCAAACCGUACCGAUGCGGGUAAGGUGUGUAUGGAGGUGCUCGGGUAUGCGGAGUAUCGGGUCGGAUUAACGGGUCAAGCAUUGACACGUGGCAAAAUCAAGGACGCUCGUGCAUGGAUGAGUGCAGUUAUGGUGUAUCAGUAUGAUUGCUGGUCCGCUUUGAAGUACGUUAACGGUACCUCACAGGUAUCCAAAACGAUGGCGUUUUUGAACUCAUUAAUCGGGUAUAGCAGCAAUGCAUUGGCUAUGCUGGUGAACUACGAUGUUUACGGGGAGAAUACUGGGUCAUGGACUGCACCGAAAACAGAACGAAACGGAUUCUGGGAAGGUUCUGGUUCGGGUGAGGCGGGUCGGGUCACAGGUGGGGUGCCAUCCGGGUUGAAACCGGAUGUAACGGUGUGUAAAAAAGGAGGAUGUGAGUAUAAGACGGUGCAGGAAGCGGUGAAUGCUGCACCGGAGAACCAGGAAACGAGGAAGUUUGUGAUAUUGAUCAAAUCCGGGUUGUAUGAGGAGAAAGUUCGGGUCCCGUUGGAGAAGAAGAAUGUGGUAUUUUUGGGUGAUGGAAUGGGUAAAACUGUCAUUACGGGUUCGUUGAAUGUUGGGCUUAUAGGUGUUACCACUUAUGAAACUGCAACUGUUGGAGUUGUUGGUGAUGGAUUCAUGGCCAGUGGUAUCACCUUCCAAAACACGGCAGGUCCAGAUGCCCACCAAGCUGUAGCAUUCCGAUCUGAUAGUGAUCUUUCAGUUGUAGAGAACUGUGAAUUCAUUGGCAAUCAAGACACCCUGUACGCCCAUGCUUUGCGCCAAUACUACAAGUCCUGCCGUAUCCAAGGCAAUGUAGACUUCAUUUUUGGGAACUCAGCUUCUUUCUUCCAAGAAUGUGACAUCCUUGUCGCACCUCGACAACUCCAUCCUGAAAAGGGAGAGACGAAUGCUGUGACAGCUCAUGGCAAGAUAGACCCUGCACAAUCAACUGGCUUCGUCUUCCAAAAUUGUUUGAUCAAUGGAACUGAUGAAUACAUGACCUUGUACUACAAGAAGCCCAAGGUGCACAAAAACUUUCUGGGAAGGCCAUGGAAGGAGUAUUCUCGAACCGUCUUUUUAGAUUGUACUUUAGAGGCUCUUAUUUCACCUAAUGGAUGGUUGCCUUGGAGCGGUGAUUUCGCGUUGAAAACUCUUUACUAUGGAGAAUACAGAAAUACUGGUCCUGGAGCUAAUACUGCAGGACGAGUGCCAUGGAGUAGCCAAAUCCCUGCUGAACAUGUUAACUCAUACUCUCUACAAAAUUUCAUUCAGGGUGAUCAAUGGAUUUCUAUGUCUUCUUGAUUAACUUGUAAUGUUGUUAAAUAUGUAUGUACUAAGUCAAACUCAAUAUCCUCUAUUGUGAUUACUAAACAUCAACCUCUUGUCUUGUAUCAAAUUGCAAGAAAAUUUUAGAACUUAAUGUGAAAUAUCUUGCCAAAA